CACUCCUUUGGCGGCGGAUUCAAACGUCCGGGCUGGGGUCUCCGGGACCGAAGAAGUGUUCCUGUGGCUGCGUGGUUCCUGCUGUCCGCUCGGGUGUGAAUUUCUGUGCGGUGCCUGGAGGAUCUCGGUAGCUAAAGCGGCUGGUGCCGGAGGAAGAGAAUGGCGCUCUCGACCACAGUCUCCCAGAGAAAGAAGAUAAAACGGAAGGCUCCCCGGGGCUUUCUUAAGCGCGUCUUCAAGCGACAGAAGCCUCACCUUCGUCUAGAGACAAGUGUUGAUUUGCUGGUGCACCUGAAUUGUUUACUGUUUGUUCAUCGUUUAGCAGAAGAGUCCAGGAUGAAUGCUUUUGAGAGUAAGUGUGGAGUCAUUAAAAAGGAGCAUGUACAGGCUGCAGCAAAGGUAAUUCUAAAGAAGAGCAGAGGUUAGAAGUCAAAGAACCAUUUUUGAAAAUUAUAUGAUGUAUUAUUUUAGGUGGUAACAAAUCCUGAAAGCACUUUUUACAUAUCAGCUAAAUUGUGUAUUAAAAUAUUGGCUAGCUGCA